GACGGCCCAGUUCAACAGUAAGCUGCCAGUGUGAGGAUGAAGAUCUCUGUGAGUUUCACGCUGUUGCUGCUGCUCGGCUCCGUCCCCGCAAGUGAAGGUGUUGAAUGCCAGCGGGCUUUUCCAGAAGACAUCUACGCUGCUCUGAGAGAAACAACCGCAUCGUUGGUUCAACUGAAGGCUGACGUAACGUUGCAGACUACAGAACAAGCAGCACAGCUGAAGACUGAAGUGGACAAGCUGAAGCAACAGCAACAAGAACAAGCAACACAGCUGAAGACUGAAGUGGACAAGCUGAAGCAACAACAGCUAGGUCAAGCAGCACAGCUGAAGACUGAAGUGGACAAGCAGAAGGUUGAAGUGGACAAGCUGAAGUCUGAAGUGGACAAGCUGAAGAAACAACUUCAAGAACAAGCAGCACAGCAGAAGACUGAAGUGGACAAUCUGAAGCAACAACAGCUAGUCCGACAGGUUGCAUUCUCAGCCUCUCUGGUGGCUGGAGGUAAAUCAGGCCAUGAAUACACUACCGGACCCUUUCCCACAAACACUCUUCUGAUCUACAAACACGUUGUCACCAACAUCGGAAAUGCCUACAACUCAAACACAGGUUUGUUCACUGCCCCGGUGAGAGGAGCGUACCACUUUGAGUGGUGGAUCAUUGAGGACUACGGCGGCCGCGCUGCAAGUGCUGUGUUGGUCAAGAACUCAGAGAAUGUUUUCAUGGCAUGGGAGAAACGUGGGAGUGUUUCUAAUGGUGUCACGCUGUUGCUGGAGGUGGGAGACGUCGUGUUUAUGCGUCUGUUGGCUAACACUGUGGCGCGUGACAACGAUAAUCACCACACCACCUUCAGUGGUCAUCUGCUGUUCACCAUGUAAGACAGAAACAGCAGCUCUGUGAUAGUCACACAGGUUGUUGUUGUCUUGAACAAGUCUUCAUAGCUCUUCAUUGAUUUAAACUGAUUUCAUCUGCAUCCAAAUAAUAAUAAUAAGUAAUAAUUGUUGACAGGUAUCUUUUUUUUCUUCAAAUUUUAAAGUGAUUAAUGUUUCUGAUUCUCUCUUGUUUCUGUCAUUUUAAUCAAAUAAACAUAUAUCAUUGCAAUUACA